GGCUGGGGAGCCAACCUCGGGAGGGCGGGCGCCGCCGCGAGCCACCACUGGCCCAGGGCGAUGUCGUUCCGCCACGCAGCUAGACAACUGCGUGCGAAGUCAAAUAGCAGCCGCGGGGAGGCUCGUUCCCAUCGGCAUCUGUGAUUGGCUGCGAUCGAGGGCCCUGGCGGCGGGCCAAUCGUCUCGCCGAGCGCCGACUGGCUGGAUCUGCUGUCAGUCAGCGGGAACAGACUUCUUCCUCUCCAUCUGGUCAACUGCGGGAGAAAAAUUUUCGAGAAUUUCCAGCAGGCAGGGCAGUGGCCGCUUUGACUGCUUGCUUCGGGGCUCCGAGACAACGGAGAAGGAACUCUUAUUUACCGACCUAGAAGGCCCUUUCCUCGCCCUCCGUUAGCUAAUUAAAACAUUUUUCAGGACGUAGCCAUCCAGAGACAUUCCAUUAUUGUUCCAUUGACCUUUCCCUCAUCACUGAGUCCUUUGGAGCUGAGUUAUGUCAACAGCUGCCUUAAUUACUUUGGUCAGAAGUGGUGGGAACCAGGUGAGAAGGAGAGUGCUGCUAAGCUCCCGCCUGCUGCAGGAGGACAGGCGGGUGACACCCACGUGCCACAGCUCCACUUCAGAGCCUAGGUGUUCUCGGUUUGACCCAGACGGUAGUGGGAGUCCAGCUACCUGGGACAAUUUUGGGAUCUGGGAUAACCGCAUUGAUGAGCCAAUUCUGCUGCCACCCAGCAUUAAGUAUGGCAAGCCAAUUCCCAAAAUCAGCUUGGAAAAUGUGGGGUGCGCCUCACAGAUUGGCAAACGGAAAGAGAAUGAAGAUCGAUUUGACUUCGCUCAGCUGACAGAUGAGGUCCUGUACUUUGCAGUGUAUGAUGGACACGGUGGACCUGCAGCAGCUGAUUUCUGUCAUACCCACAUGGAGAAAUGUAUUAUGGAUUUGCUUCCUAAGGAGAAGAACUUGGAAACUGUGUUGAUCUUGGCUUUUCUAGAAAUAGAUAAAGCCUUUUCGAGUCAUGCCCGCCUGUCUGCUGAUGCAACUCUUCUGACCUCUGGGACUACUGCAACAGUAGCCCUAUUGCGAGAUGGUAUUGAACUGGUUGUAGCCAGUGUUGGGGACAGCCGGGCUAUUUUGUGUAGAAAAGGAAAACCCAUGAAGCUGACCAUUGACCAUACUCCAGAAAGAAAAGAUGAAAAAGAAAGGAUCAAGAAAUGUGGUGGUUUUGUAGCUUGGAAUAGUUUGGGGCAGCCUCACGUAAAUGGCAGGCUUGCGAUGACAAGAAGUAUUGGAGAUUUGGACCUUAAAACCAGUGGUGUCAUAGCAGAACCCGAAACUAAGAGGAUUAAGUUACAUCAUGCUGAUGACAGCUUCCUGGUCCUCACCACAGAUGGAAUUAACUUCAUGGUGAAUAGUCAAGAGAUUUGUGACUUUGUCAAUCAGUGCCAUGAUCCCAACGAAGCAGCCCAUGCGGUGACUGAACAGGCAAUACAGUACGGUACUGAGGAUAACAGUACUGCAGUAGUGGUGCCUUUUGGUGCCUGGGGAAAAUACAAGAACUCUGAAAUCAACUUCUCAUUCAGCAGAAGCUUUGCCUCCAGUGGACGAUGGGCCUGAUUACCAGCUGGGACUUUGAGUUUCUGUGCAACAGUUUUUCACUGAGCAUGUCAAGAAACUGAUGAACUCAAAAAUGUCUCCUGACUCACUAGAUCAGCGCACAAGUCAGUGUAAACUACUUAGUUUUUUCCUAAAUGCUCAUCAUAUUUAUGGUCAGCUGUACAUGUUCAGUGUAAAUAUAUGUGUAGUGAAGCUACUGUGAGUCUUUAAAUGGAAAGAGCAAAUGAGAAGUGGUUUGGAUACACUUGGUGAGAGAUGAGAGUGUCACAUUAAUAAUUUUUAAGCCUCUUAGGCAGCUAUGGGUUUCUUUUGAUCAUUUUUGUUCUUUAGUCAUUUGAGCACGUUUUUGAAGUUCUUCAAAACUAGUCAGUUUGAAUUUUGACAGCUAUUCAAUAUGUGAUCUCCAAGUUUAAAAAAAUUUUUUUUUCUAGACUUCGCUAAUCCUAAAAUGCAAGUUUUUAUUUUUAAUAACUGUACCAAGAAAUAAUUAUGAAAACAGUUCUCUGUUAUCAUAUUUUGUAUUCUGGACCACUUACUGAUGAAAGUAACUGUGCAAAAGAAAUUAAUUUGAGUGGGCGCAGUGGCUCAUGCCUGUAAUCCCAGCACUUUGGGAGGCCAAGGUGGGCAGAUCACCUGAGGUCAGGAAUUCAAGACCAGCCUGGCCAAAAUGGUGAAACCUUGUCUCUACUGGGAAAAAAAAAAAAAAAUUAGCUGGGCAUGGUGGCGGGCACCUGUAAUCCCAACUACUCAGGAGGCUGAGGAAGGAGAAUCGCUUCAACCCGGGAGACGGAGGUUGCAGUGAGCUCAGAUCACACCAUUACACUCCAGCCUGGGUGACAAGAGCGAAACUCCAUUUCAAAAAAAAAAAAACAAAGCAAAGAAAUUAAUUCACAUGAUAUGACAUUACUAAAUUGUAUACAUAUUUAUAAAUGUGUAUUUCAGCUGUCAUCAGCCCUCCCCUCCAUUCUUUCCUAUUUUUCUGUAGUUAAGAAUACUAUAAAAAUGUGACUUCCUUAAUAUCAGAAAAGAAUGCACAGGCUGAGUCUUCUGGUCAAAAGUGAAAUACUGACGUAAUCAAGUAUUUUGUAUAAAGUUCUGAUUUGUUAUCUCUAACUAUUUUGUAUACUAUAUAGAAAAGUCUGUAUAUUAUAUAUACAAAACUCUGUUUUGUAUAUAGUAUUAUAGUAUGUGUAUAUCACUUUUUGUAUAGAGUAAGCAAUUGAAUAAUUUGUUAGUAAAAUUACCACAUUGACUGAUACUGCUAUAGACAUAGCUUGAGUUUUAGGUCUCCUUUUUGCUCGUUUUCUAAGACUUAAGAGAAAGAAUAAAUCUAAAAUGAACAUUAAAACAUUCUCCAUUUCAGCUUGCUGUGUAACUUAGGAAGUAUAAAACUAUACUUCUCUUUAUCUGCAUGUAAGUUUGCUGUUAAAAUAUGAAUUUCUAAACGUGUGUUUGGAAUUAUAUCUGUAGUUUAUUUCUGCAAGCUAUGUAAAUUUGUUAUAUGUGUGGGCAUAUGUACAUAUGUAUAUUUUGGAGUAAUAUAAAACUAAAGGGAACAAUCUUGCAUAGCUCUUUCACCAGUUUUAAAUUAUUGAUAUAUUAUUUUUAAGGACUCUUGACAAACUAGGAGCAAUUUCCUUAUAGUGGAGACCCAGUGAUCAUCAGCAGAUGAGGAAAUAGAUUAAAAAUUGCGAUAUGGCAAUUUGUAUAUAAAGUAAUAGGAUGUGAGAAAAAUACUGAGUCUUAAGAAUGACAUGGAAUUUUGUGGCAGAAACAAAAGAAAAAGUUGAUAUAGUAUAUACCUUCAACUGUUUUUUGAGCUGACUUUUUUUUCUUUAAGCUUUAGGUAAAAGUGUAUGAGGAGGGAGAGGGCCCAAUAUAAAUAUUCACAUUUUCUUACCUUUUUGGGAAUGGAAGAAGAUAAAUCUUGAGUUUUUCUGCCUAUAUUAAUCAGGAAUUACCCUUUGAAAAAAGUGCUACAUAAAUAUUUCAAUUUUUUUUUUUCAAGGGAAGUUAGGUGAAAGAAGGAAAAACAUCACAGGAAAGAGUACAACAUGCUGUUUGUUGUCUGAGAGGUGAGGAACCAAAGGGAGGCAACUAAAGCGGGAAACCAUCUUGCUUUUUCUAAUCAGUUCUUGGAACAGAAAUGUGGAAGCUACCUUUAGGAACAUGGAGAAUUUCCAAACCAACAGGCAAAGGAAAACUAACGCACAAAAAUGACCUUCUAAAGAUGCAGGUUUUGGCCAGGCACGGUGGCUCAAGCCUGUAAUCCUAGCACUUUGGGAGGCCAAGGCAGAUGGGUCACCUGAGGUCAAGAGUUAGAGACCGGCCUGGCCAACAUGGUGAAACCUUAUCUCGACCAAAAAAUGCAAAAAUUAGCCAGGCGUGGUGGUGGGUGUCUAUAAUCCCAGCUACUGGGGAGGCUGAGGAAGGAGAAUUGCUUGAACCUGGGAGGUGGAGGUUGCAGUGAGUCAAGAUUGCGCCAUUGCACUCCAGCCUGGGCAACAGAGCAAAAACUCCAUCUCAAAUAAAUAAAUAAACAAAUAAAUAUGUAGGUUUCAUUUUUGUUUUGAAUGCUUUACAUUACUAUUCCUCUCUUAUACUUUAAAAACUAAGACUAGGAGUGAUGUCAGGUUCAAAGGUGUGAGGGUGAUUGAUGGAUUGAGGUAGAUAGCCAAGUUUGUCUGUUUUUGUUUUUUAUAGUUACAGAGUCUCACUCUGUCGUCCAGGCUGAAGUGCAGUGGUGCAGUCAUAGCUCACUGAGAUUGCCAGAUUCGACAAAGAGGAAUUUAUAGGAGGGGGAUAUAGGGUAGACUUGACUCUGCUUUAUCCAGGAAAGGUUUUAAAACCCUGAGCCUGCUAACUUUGACUAAGCAUAAAACAUACUGUACUGUUGUUUGUAUUUUUCGUGCCACAAUAUUAAAAUGGAAUUUUAAAUGUAGAUUGUUAUAAUCUAUAAAAGAUAAGUAUACAUGUAUUAGGAUACUGGAAAAUAUGCAA